AUGGAGCAAGGCCACGUGCGUUGCUGGCAAGAUGGGCUUGAGUUGGAGGUCACCAAGCUCCCAAGUGCCUUUGUAUAUUUGGGGAGGCUCCCAAGUGUACAAGAAGAGAUUUGGGCUAAUCUGCACCGCGUUACGACUGAAGCUCAAUUCCAGAAGUGGUGGGCCGCUUAUGCUUCUACAAUUCCUGAUGACGUGCAUAUCAAGCUGGCGAAGCCUUCGAUUGAUGACGUGCCUUGCGUGGAUGCAAAUGAUCCAAAUGCUAGGAUCAUCACCUUUCAUCCCUUUUAUUUCUCCUUGGGCUUCACAUUCCAGCUGUCAAACCUUUUCAGAGAGGUGUUCUGCGCCAUGGGGUGUGCUUUGAGUCAGUGUACUCCAAACGUCUACCGGGCGAUCAUGUGUGCUUCGAGGAGUAUGCCUAAGUUCGCAUCUACAAUGCCAAGCUAUUUGACAGUCUCAGCCAAGGAGAUCACGUGUGGCACGAUGAUGAGUUGGAAGUUAGCGGACGAUGAGAAGGCAACGUUGGUGAUGGUCCACUUGUUCCCAUCACCUAUUGCAACGGUACCGAGUGACAUCUAUAAGAAAUUGGAGCUUGGACCGGACAUGGCUAAGGUUAGCCGUGCUUUGAACAUCCACCCAAGGUUUCGCGAGUGGCGUUGGCUGUUGAGCGAGUAUCGGGAGGAAGACGGUGGACUACCCCUUGCCAAGGAUGUCGAGAGAUGGAAGAAUGUGUCUCCAUUGAGGAAGAAGCCAAAGCUCUCUUCUGCUGAGAAGACCCAAGUAGUAGCUGUUCCCCGGUCAUCUGCCAGGAGAUCGUGGUCAUAUGUGCGUAGCCAUGAAGUAGUCCGUGCGCGGUCUAGCUCACCUGUUGAAAGGCAAAGAGAUGCAGAUGUUCCUCUCCGAAGUUGGGGUCGUUUGCACCAGCCGAAGAAUGGAGGUCGAUCUCGGCGGUCUGCUCAUCCAUCCAACCAUCAUGAUCCAGCUGUUGAGUCACGAGCAGUCAAGCGUAGAGUUGAUUCGUCGUCACCAAUUCCUUUGGAAGUGAGGUUGGCAGAGGCUAGGAAAGCAAGAGAGCCAUUUGCCUGGGCGAAAGGUUCUUUUGCAACAUCAGCGGCUGAUCCAAAGGUGGACAAGUCAGCCUUGCAGAGGAUGUAG